AUGUCAAAUGAUAGUGAAAUAAUAUUUAUGAAAAAGAAAAAGGAUAAUAAUUUUACUAGAGUAAAUAAAUUAUUAGGAAAAAUUAUAAAACUUCUAAAACUAUAUAUAAAAGAGAGAAAUGAAAUAGCUAAGCAGGAUAAUCCUGUAUACACAGCUACGUUUAUUAAGAUUCUUGAUGAUAAUAUUUGCUAUAUAUUUAACCUACUAACAAGUAAUCAAGACGCAAAAACUUAUAUAAAAAAAGUAAUUAGAAUGAAUAAUGAUUUAAUUGAUAAUACUUUACAUUGUUCUGAAUUACAUUUUUUUAUAUCUCCUGAAUCCGCAUUAUUUUUUAAAAAAUUGAAAAACGAAGUAUCAAUAUCUAAAAGAAUUAUUAAGCAUAUAUCAGAUGUAAGUUUUCUUUUAAAAUAUUAUACGUAUUGUAUUGGAUUAAAUGAAACCAAAACAAAAAACAUAAUUGAUGAUAUUUCGUAUGUUGAAAAUUUAUUCCUUAAGAAUUUUGAAAAUUUUCAAAACAUUUCUGACAAAGAAAUUAAUAAUGAAACUUUUUUUAAAGUAAUAUAUUCCACAUUAAAUUUAAAAAAUAUUAAUGAAAAUCAAAAUAUAGAGCCAGAUGAUCCUACUUUAAUUAUGAAAGAUAUAAAUGAUUCAUCAUAUAAUUCAAGCAACACUACUGAAGAUUCAGUACUUUAUGCUGUACGUAAAAAAGGAAUUGAUAAUAUAGAAAUAUCUUCUAGUUUAAGUGUCCUUUCUGAAAAUUCAAUUUCUUAUGUUGAUUCUAAAUCAGUAAUUGAUAAUAACGAUAUUUCUUUAUUAAAUAAUGAAGAGACAAUACAAAGAAUUACAACUGAAAUAGAGAAGAAAACAUUGACGAAUGUUUCAGAUCAGAAUAUUAAUAAAACAAAUAAAAUUGAUUGUAAUUUUGGUAAUAACAAUAUAAAGAAAAAUUCUAUCAUAUUUCAAAAUCAGAUGGAUUUAACACACGAUUUUAAUAUAUGCAAUAUCGAACAAGAUUGUAAUAUACAUUAUACAUGGUAUGAAGAGAUGGGUUCUAAUAAAAAUAUAACGAGGAAUAAUAUAAAUGUAUUUGAAAAAAAAUUAUCUUUAGAGAAAAAUAAUAUAGAAUAUGGAAAUUAUAUUCAAAAAAGUACUUAUGAAAGCUUUGAAGACGUUAAAGAUGAAUGCUUCAAUAAAUUAAAACAUGAAAAAUGUUAUGUAUCCCAUAAGGGUGAUAGUAAACUAGAGGAUAAUGCAAUUUGUUUUGAAGAAGAAAAUGUAACGAAUUUUAAAAUCUCUAAAAGAAUACUUAAUAAUAAAUAUAUUGAUAAUAUAUGUUACAAAGAAUGCAAUGCUAUAAUGCAUCUUAUAAAAUAUACAAAAACCAUUAUGCAUAAAUUAAAAGAUAGUUAUACAGAAGAUGUUCAGAUAUCUGAACGAUUUUCUAGUUAUUAUUAUCAUGGAAAAAAAAUUAAAUAUCUUUUCCCUCAAUAUAGUUUUUCCACAUGUAAAAAAAUAGUAGCUGCUUUUGAAAGACUAAAUGAAAAUCCUAUUUAUGAAUUAUCAAGAUUACACAUUAUUGAACAAUUUUGUAAAAAAAAUAAUUGCGAAAAAAAAAAUAUACCUAAAAUAUUAAGAUUAGAUCUAAAGGAAACUAUAAUAGAUAUAUGUAAAUUGCUUGAAGAAAUAGAACUAUUAGAUAUAUAUGAAAUAAUAGAUAAAUAUAAAAAUAUAUAUAUAUAUAAAAAUACAGUCGUUUCCUACUAUGAUAUAAAACAUCCAUUUUUUUGUACUUUGUUUAAGUUUUAUUCUCUUUUAUGUAAUUUUGUAAAUAAAUUACAAAAAUAUUCUAUAAUUACAACUUAUUUUGAUUAUGAAGCAGAUAAAAUUAUUAGAAAUUACUCAUCUCAAAUAAGUUACUGUUUUAGAAAUAUAAAUUAUUAUCUUUGUAAAUUCUCGAAACUUUGUGAAACCAUAAAUCAUAAAUGGACAAAUAUACCAGAAAUAAAUUAUGAUUUUCAAAAAAUAAUUAAUGAAAAUGAAAUAAAUAUAUCUGUAAAUGAUAAAAUAUUAAAUGAGGUUUUGCUUAAAUAUAAGAAAGCUAUUGAAGAAGGUAUUUAUAAUCCUCAUCCUACUUAUGAUUUUACAGUUCCUGGUGCAUUUUUCUGCAUUUAUCUUUACACAUCAGAUAUAUAUUCUAAAGUAUGUAGCUCAUUAAUUGAACGCAAUGUUGAAAUAACAAAAGAAAAUAAUUUAAUUAGUAAAAUAAUUUUUAAUAAAUAUGGUAUUAAUCUAUCAACUAACACUCUUAAAACUUUAGAUACUGAAUUAGAAAAUUAUAACAAACAAAGAAAACAUGAAUCAUCAAAUAUACCUAUACAAGUAAUUAUUAACAAUAAUAUCAUAAUAGAAACCAAAAAAUUAUUUGUUAUUAAUAAUCUAAAAAAUGAAUCAACAAAAUUAAUUUGCUUUGAUAACAAAAAUAAUAUUUCAAAAAAAACACCUAGUUAUAAUCUUGUUAAAUUUCAUAAAUUUGAUACCACUAAUUGCAAAACAUUUCCAGAUUCAAAUGAUGGUUACUUAUCUCAAAAUAUAUUUAAUGAAAAUAAAAGAAAAAGAAAACAUAAAAACACAAAAAAGGAAGAAGAAUUGUAUGAUAACAUAUAUUCUGGUAAUUUUAUUUAA